UUUGACAAAGAACAAUGGCUCCGUACUUUAACCGAGGAACAUAAACAGCUUCUUGCACUCGAAAUCAAUCAAUUGCACAUCUCAUGGUUAGCAGCACUUCAUAAAGAAUUGACGAAGCCGUAUUUCAUUAGUUUGAAGAAGUUUUUAUUGGCACAGAAGGCGACGGUCUUUCCUCCGCAGAACCAGAUCUAUUCGUGGUCUCAUUAUACGCCGUUACCCAACAUCAAGUGUCUUGUGAUCGGCCAAGAUCCGUACCACAACUAUAACCAGGCUCAUGGACUUGCAUUUUCGGUUCUUGAACCAACCCGUCCUCCACCCUCAUUGCUCAACAUCUACAAGACAUUGGCUAUAGACUACGACAACUUCCAGAUUCCUGACUACAAGGAGUUGAGUAAACAGGGAAGGCCAGGAGGAGGUAAUCUCACAAAAUGGGCUCGCCGUGGAGUUCUUCUUCUCAAUAAUGUUCUCACUGUUGAAUGCCAUAAGGCUAAUAGCCAUGCCAAUAGAGGAUGGGAGACAUUUACUGAGAAGGUUAUAGAAACAGCCAUAACUUUCCACCAACACCAGAAGCAGGGUUUUGUUAUAAUGGCCUGGGGUUCACCGGCUCAGAAACGAGUGGACAAGUUUUCCCAUCUUCUCCGUGCACAAUCAGCUGGCGAAAGUAGUCAAUUCGAGGUAAUUAAAACUGUACAUCCCUCACCACUUAGUGCUAGUAGAGGGUUCUUUACUCUGCGUGUGUUUCGUCGGUGCAACGAUUUUCUUGAAAAACAAAACCAGGAGCUUAUCGAUUGGGGUAUCAUGGAUGGAAACGUAGUUUUAUAA